AUGCUCUCAGACGUCAUAGGCAUCUCUCCCAACGCCAUUCCAUAUUAUCAACCGAGAGACUACUCUAUAGCGGAGCGGAUCUCGUGGGCCGGCGGCCGCGAAACCACGAGGGAGGAGGACAUGGCCUACUGUCUCGUGGGCAUCUUUGAUGUCAACAUACCCAUGCUUUACGGCGAAGGUACGAAAGCGUUUCGUAGGCUCCAAGAGGAAAUCAUACGAACCGCAUAUGAUGUGUCAAUCUUUGCCUGGACUAAAGAUCGUCAUGGUACUCAGCCAACGCGGUAUGAUGGAGCGGAUCAUGGCAGUGCGUUCGCCAAGGCGCCUGGAGACUUUCACUUGAAAGCCAGACACCUUAUAAGGCAUCAAUGGAAUGAAGUCAGCGUCACUGACGCUGGGAUCAAGUUGACCCUCGACCUAUGUGUGGCGCGGAUGCAGCAGGCCGGUGGGUUGAGCUAUGUGCUUCCGGUUUGCACUGGCUACUGGCGACGCGAACAUUGGAAGCGACGCGUGCCCGGGCUCGGCGUCGGACUAAAAAUGAUAAGUCCGGGCAGAUUCGCGCGGCAGGGCCUGCGAAAGCUCGUGGAGAUAUCGGACCGAGACGAGGCGUGCAUGGUGCGCCGAAUCUACCCAAAUGCGUAUAUACUGACAGACAUAUCGAUGGACUUGGACAUCAGGAUGCUCAUGAACUUGUCAAUCCGUGGCUUACACUGUCCCCACUUUAGGUUUCCCCGGCACUGCAGAGUUGUCAAGGCGUGGCCGUCGGUUAGCUGGAACGACGCAGAGAGCAAGUUCAUGAUGGAUGUUGGUGAGCCGAGCUACGGGUCAUUUCUCCUGGAAACACAAUUCUUCAUGCUGGCCGAUGAUGGAAUCGCUGGAAAAUUUCGAACCGGAGAAUUCAUGUUCCUACUUAGUAAUUUCCCCGGCUCCAACGACGACGCAUCGACGUUUCUGGCCAGAUACUACAAUACACCAUCGUCGGUUACAGAAAAUAUCAACUGGUGCUGGAUAGCAUCAACCUGA